AUGAACGCACUCAAUAUAACAUCUAUACCUUCAUCGCCCUCAGUCCUUAGCACUUCUCCAACAACUCCCACAAGUCAACUAAACAAUAGUUCACAAAUUAUGUCUCUUCAACCUCCAUCUGCACAACCUGUCAAGAUGAGUAUUAAUAAAUCACCUCGCGGACAUCGUACGUUGGCAGAAAAUCAAAUUUGGGAAUUUUCUCAUCCAAAAUUUUUACGAGGAAGACCAGAUUUAUUAGAUGAUAUUAAACGUAAAGCAAUGGAAUCUGAAACUUUAAGACGUGAAACUGGUGAUUUACAUGCUCAUCUUGCUAUGAUGCAAGUUGCUCAAAAUGAAUUAUUACAACAGAUUAGGCAAUUACAAGAAAAUUUUACUGAAGUCAUGAGAGAUUUGUCUGAAACUAAACGUAAACAAACCUUACAACAACAUUUUAUGAAGAAUAUGUGGGAGGUCAUGAAUAAUAGUCAAGGAACUUCAACAACGAGUAAUUUUGAAAUCAAAAACGAACCUGAACGACCUCCAAUAUAUAUAACAUCACCAGAAAACCAUACAAAUAUAAAUUAUCAUCUUAUAUCCAGUCAAAAUCAGUCACCACAACGACCAUCGACACCAUUAACUGUUAACACAAAUAUCACAAGUCACACAUCACAAACCAGUGCUUUCUUGAACAAUCCUAUGUUGUCCGGUAGAGUAUCACCUUUUAGCUCAUUUAAUCAAGCCGUAAAUACACCUUUACCGCCAAGUCCAUCACCGGGGUCACCAAUGGGCCAUGUUUCGGAUGAUGAUAUGGACGGUAAUAGUUCCCUUUAUUGUACAAGUCCUGCUGGUAGUCAUGCAGGCUCAGAAUAUGGUGAUGACAUAUUUUCAGUGUCGUAA